AUGGCCGUUAUUAGGGCUCUACUUGCCAGGAGCCGAGCCUUGCGCUCAUCCGCCGGGGGCUCAGGGUCCUCCACCCAGACCUGGCUGAAUCUCGGCGCCUUCGCGGCCGGCGGCGACGCCAAGCAGGAGGCGUGCUGGACCGACCUGAAGAACGCCGAGCUGGCGGUAUCUAACACCGUGGAAGCGGCGCAGCGGCAGUCCGAUGUGGUCGACUGGGCCCGGUGGGAGGGUCUCAUCGCGCACAAGGACAUCCUCCGCCACAUGAAACAAACUUACGACGCCAACAUCGCUAUGAUCGAGAAGGCAGCUGCCGAGGAGGGAGACAGUACACACCUCGAAUCGAACUGGGAGCUGUACGAGGCCGCACGUCAGAACUGCAAGCAGGCGACGCGGGCGGUGAACAAGAUAGUCGCCGAUGGCUCCAAGGCGUUGUGGCUGUCACAGAACAACCCGCCCGUGUGGAAGGUCGACACUAAUGAGUGGCUCGAGAGCGACCAGUACUGGCAAGCCUUCGUGGAGAAGCACGGCAUGUACUCGCAGUCGGGUGACGCGCCCGACCCAGAGGCGCCGGCCGUGGUCGAGGCCAACAAGGCCAGCUGGAACUCCAGAAUGGUCAAGUUCAACGAGCGUACUGACACGCCCAUGCUGUACGAGUACAUGCACCACCUCCCCGCCUGGGAGUACUACGACAUCAACCGCAAGCAGUUCUUCGAGCACAUGUCGUACUUCCUGCUGCGCACUGGCGACGAUUUCAGGCACUUCCCAGACCUGCCGCCGUGGCAGUGGCUGACGCACUUGGAGGACCAGCGCUUCAAAGAGUUCGCCGUCACUCAACGACGCAGGGAGAAGCGCCAGCUGGAGCGCGUGGCCAGGUUCGAGCCCGACGACUUCGGCACCGGUGAGGAGCACACCGGCGAGGAGACCUACAUGGCAAUGCUCACACAGGAGAAGCAGGCCGCCGAGCACACGCUGGCCAACCUUAUGGGAAACUUCAGCUUCCUUUGCGACCCGCUGGUGCCAGUGCAGUCGAAGUUCCAGCUGCAGUACAUCCUGUCCAAAUGCGGGCAUGACAAGAACGGGGGAGCGCGGGUGCUAUCGCUCGGCGACGACGUGAAUGCGUUGUUCGUGCUGCCAGCCAACGCCGCCGUGGAUGCGCCGAUGGCCUCGCCUUUGGAGUGCUUCCAUAACAUGAUGGAGCACUACCGCAUCCUGGGCAUGCGCAUCAACCCAUCGUACGCCACCCGUGUGGAGAACCAGGUGGAACUCAUCCAGCAGAGGGGCCCUAACUGGCUGAAGCUGAAGAACGAGACGGUGUUGGAGGCCUACCUCCGCCGCAUGCGCCGCGACGACCCGCUCAGGGCUGAAUUCGAGGAUUAUGCGCAGCAACUCCGCGAGAGAAUAGCAGUCGCCAAAGAGCUUCCGGAAGAGGAAUGGGAGAGUGCUAUCGCCAGGGUGGAAGAGCGUGCCAUGGAAGACGCUCUCGCCAUCAGGAAGCUGGAGGGCGCCAAGCACGAUAAGACAGCGCACAAACUGGCCGAGAUGGACCUGCAGCAGCUCAUCGAUGAUGGCCACCUCCUGGUCGUCGACCCCGCCACCGGAGCCACGGUCACCAACGCCGGUGAGGUCGCGGCCGCUCUCAAAUGA